UUCUCCUACACUGGGAGGUCCAGCUUUGGCAGUACCAAGGGCUUCAACUCCCAUUGGUGCCCAACAAGGCCAUCCUCUGCUACAUAAGCAGCUGGAGCCAUGGGUCUGUCCAUGUGUACUUGCGGAUUGUGGUGUAGUCCCUGGGAGCUCUGGUUGGUUGAUAUUGUUGUUCUUAUGGGACUGCAAAUGCCGUCAGUUCCUUCAAUCUUUUCUCCAAUUCCUCCAAUGGGGAUCCCAUUCUCAAUUCUAUGGCUGACUGCAAGCAUCCGCCUCUGUAUUUGUCAUGCUCUGGAAGAGCCUCUCAGGAGACAGCUGUAUCAGGCUCCUGCCAGCAUGUACUUCUUGGCAUCAGCAAUAGUGUCUUGGUUUCAUAGCUGUAUGUAUAUGAGCUGGAUCCCCAGGUGGGGCAGUGUCUGGAUGGCCUUUCCUUCAGUCUCUGCUCCAAACUUUGUCUCCAUCUCUCCUCCCAUGAAUAUUUGUGUUCCCCCUUCUAAGAAGGACUGAAGCAUCCUCAGUUUAGUCUUCUUUCUUCUUGAGCUUCAUGUGGUCUGUGAAUUGUAUCUUAGGUAAUCCAAGCUUAUGGGCUAAUAUCCAUUUAUCAGUGAGUGCAUACCAUGUGUGUUCUUUUGGUAAUUGGGUUACCUUACUCUGGAUGACAUUUUCUAGUUCCAUCCAUGUACCUGAGAAUUUCAUGAAGCCAUUGUUUUUAAUAGCUGAGUACUAUGUCAUUGUGUAAAUGUACCACAUUUUCUGUUUUCAUUCCUCUGUUGAAGGACAUCUGGGUUGUUUCCAGCUUCUGGCUAUUAUAAAUGAGGCUGCUAUGAACAUAGGGAAGCAUGUGUCCUUGUUAUGUGGUGGAGCAUCUUUUGGGUGCCCAGGAGUGAUAUAGCUGGGUCCUCAGGUAGUACUAUGUCCAAUUUUCUGAGGAAUCUCCAGAUUGAUUUCCAAAGAGGUUGUACCAGCUUGCAUUCCCAUCAACAAUGGAAGAAUGUUCUUUCUCCACAUCCUUGCCAGCAUCUGCUGUCACCUGAGUUUUUUAUCUUAGCCAUUCUGACUGAUAUGAGGUAGAAUCUCAGGGUUGUUUUGAUUUGCAUUUCCCUGAUGACUAAGGAUGUUGAACAUUUCUUUAGGUGCUUCUUAGCCUUCGAUAUUUAUCAGCUGAGGAUUAUUUUUUUAGCUCUUUACCCCAUUUUUCAAUAGGGUUUUUUGAUUCUCUGCAGUCUAACUUCUUGAAUUCUUUGUAUAUAUUGGAUAUUAGCCCUCUAUCAGAUGUAGGAUCUUUUCCCAAUCUGUUGGUUGCCAUUUUGUCCUAAUGACAGUGUCCUUUGCCUUACAGAAGCUUUGCAAUUUCAUAAGGUUCCAUUUGUCUCUUGUUGAUCUUAGAGCAUAAGCCAUUGGUGUUCUGUUCAGGAAAUUUUCCCCUGUGCCCUUGUGUUCAGAGCUCUGCCUAAAUUUCUCUUCUGUUAGUUUCAGAGUUUCUGGUUUUAAGUGGAGGUGUUUGAUCCAUGUGGACUUGAGCUCUGUACAAGGAGAUACAUGUGGACCAAUGAGGAUUCUGAUACAUGCUGACACUUCAGUUGAAACAGCUCCAUUUGUUGAAAAUGCUGUCAUUUUUCCACUUGAUGGUUUUAGCUCCUCUGUUAAAGAUCAAGUGACAAUGUGGGUUCAUUUCUGGGUCUUCAGUUCUAUUCCAUAAUCUACCUGCCUGUCACUCUACUUUAACCUGCAGUUUUAAUCAUUGCUGUGUAAUACAGCUGUAAGUUAAGGAUAGUGAUUCCCCCCAGAAUUUCUUUUAUUGUUUAGGAUAGUUCUCACGAUGCUGAGUUUUUCUUUUAUUCCAAAUGAAUUUGCAAAUUGCUCUUUCUAACUCUAUGAAGAAUUGACUGAAUUUUGAUGGGGAUUGCAUUGAAUCUGUAGAUUGCUUUUGUCAAGAUGGCCAUUUUUACAAUAUUAAUCCUGCUAAUCCAUGAGCAUGGAAGAUCUAUCAGUCUUCUGAGAUCUCCAAUUUCUUUCUUCAGAGACUUGAAAUUCUUGUCCUACAAAUUGUUCACUUGUUUGGUUAGAGUCAAACCAAGAAACUGUAUAUUAUUUGUGAAUACUGUGAAAGGUGUCAUUUCCCUAAUUUCUUUCUUAGCCCGUUUAUUUUUUGAGUAGAGGAAGACUGCUGAUUUGUUUGAGUUAAUUUUAUAUCCAGCCUCUUUGCAAAAGUUGUUUAUCAUCUGUAAGUGUGCUUUGGUGGAAUUUUUGUGCUUGGGGUCACUUAAGUAUACUAUCAUAUCUUCUGCAAAUGACUUCUUCCUUUUUAAUUCCUUUUACCUCCUUUUGUUGUCUAAUUGCUCUGGCCAGAACUUCAAGUACUACAUUGAAUAGGGAGAGAGUGGGCAACCUUGUCUAGUCCCUAAUUUUAGUGGGAUUCCUUCAAGUUUUCCUCCAUUUAAUUUGAUGUUGGCUACUGGUUUGCUGUGUAUUGCUUUUACUAUGUUUAGGUAUGGGCCUUGAUCUUUCCAAGACUUUCAUGAAAGGGUGUUGAAUUUUGUCAAAUGCUUUCUCAGCAUCUAAUAAGAUGAUCAUGGUUUUUUUUUCCUUUAAGUUUGUUUAUAUAAUGGAUUACUUUGAUGGAUUUCCAUAUAUUGAAACAUCCCUGCAUCCCUGGUAUGAAGCCUACUUGAUCAUGAUGGAUGAUCGUUUUGAUGUGUUCUUGGAUUCCGUUUUUGAGAAUUUGUUUGAGUAUUUUAGCAUUGAUAUUCAUAAGGAAAAAUGUUCUGAAGUUCUCUUUCUUUGUAGGAACUUUGUGUGGUUGAGGGACAAGCAUAAUUGUGGCUUCAGAGAACGAAGUAAUCAGUGGUUCUUCUGUUUCUAUUUUGUGGAAAUGUUUGACGAGUAUCAAUAUUAGGUCUUUGAAGGGCUGAUAGAAUUCUGAACUAAAACCAUCUGAACCUGGGCUAUUUAUUUAUUUAUUCAUUUAUUUUUUGGUUGGGGGUUAUGGGACUAUUGAAAUAGUUUAUCUGGUCCUGAUUUAACUUUGGUACCUGUUACCUGUCUAGAAAAUUAUCCAUUUCAUUCAGAUUUUCCAGUUUUUUUGAAUAUUGGCAUUUGUAGUAAGAUCUGAUUGAGUUUUUAAAUUUCCUCAGUUUCUGUUACUAUGCGUCCCUUUUCAUUUCUGAUUUUGUUAAUUUGGAUACUGUCUCUCUGCCCUGUGGUUAGUCUGGCUAAGUGUUAUUCUCUCUGUUGUUUUUUCUCAAAGAAUCAACUCCUGGUUUUGUUGAUUCUUUGUAUAGUUCUUUUUGUAUAGUUGAUUUUUGCUUAGUCUCUUCUUGGUUGGUUUCAGCCCUGAGUUUGAUUAUUUCCUGUCGUCGACUCUUGAGUGUAUUUGCUUCUUUUUUUUUCUAGAACUUUCAGGUGUACUGUCAAGCUGCCCGUGUAUACUCUCUCAACUUUUACAGUUUCUUGUCAUUUUUUUUAAUUUUUCUAUUUUUCUUUUUUUUUUUUUUUUGGAUGCACUCUGAUCUGUGAGUUUUUUCUCUUAGCAUUGCUUUUAUUGUUUCCCAUAAGUUUGGGUAUGUUGUGUCUUCAUUUUCAUUAAAUCCUAAAAAGUCUUUAAUUUCUUUAUUUCUUCCUUGACCAAAUUUUCAUUGAAUAGAGCGCUAUUCUGCAUUUGUAUAUAUGUGGACUUUCUGUUGUUUUUAUUGUUAUUGAAGGCCAGCCUUAGUCCAUGGUGAUCUGAAAUCAUGCGUGGGAUUAUUUCAGUCUUCUUGUAUUUGUUAAGGCCUGUUUUGUGGUCAGUUUUGGAAAACAUACCAUGAGGUGCUGAGAAGGUAUAUUCUUUUGUUUUAGGAUGAAAUGCUCUAGAGAUAAUUGUUAUAUCCAUUUGGUUUAUAACUUCUGUUAGUUUUAUAGUGUCUGUUUAGUUUCUGUUUCUAUGAUCUGUCUAUUGAUGAGAAUGGGGUGUUGAAGUCCUCCACUAUUAUUGUGUGAGGUUCAGUAUGUGCUUUGAGCUUUUGUAGUUUCUUUUUUGAAUGUGGGUUCCCUUGCAUUUAGAGCAUAGAUGUUCAGAAUUGAGAAUUCAUCUUGGUUGAUUUUUCCUUUGACGAGUAUGAAGUAUCUUUCCUUAAUUUUUUUUGAUAACUUUUGGUUGAAAGUUGGCUUUAUUGGAUAUUAGAAUGGUACUCUAGCCUGUUUCUUGGGAUCAUUUGCUUAGAAAUUUUUUUUCCCAGCCUUUUACUCUGAGAUAUUAUCUGUCUUUGUUACUGAUGUUUAUUUCCUGAAUGCAGCAAAAUGCUGGGCCCUCUCUAAGUAUCCAGUGUGUUUCUAUAUCUUUUUAUUGGGGAAUUGAGUCCAUUGAUGUUAGGAGAUAUUAAGGAGUUUGAUUGUUGCUUCCUGUUAUUUUUGUUGUUAGAGGUGGAAUUAUGUUUGUGUGGCCAUCUUCUUUUGGGUUCGUUGCAAGGGAAUUACUUUCUUGCUUUUCUAGGGUGUAGUUUCCCUCCUUGUGUUGGGGUUUUCCAUUUCUAUCUUUUGUAGGGCUGAAUUUGUGGAAAUAUAUUUUGUAAAUUUGCUUUUUUCAUGGAAUAUCUUGGUUUCUCUUUCUAUGUUAAUUAAGAGUUUUGCUGGAUAUAGUAGCCUGGGCUGGCAUUUGUGUUCUCUUAGGGUCUAUAUGACAUCUGCCCAGGACCUUCUGGCUUUCAUAGUCCCUGGUGAGAAGUCUGGUAUAAUUUUGAUAGGUCUGCCUUUAUAUGUUAAUUGACCUUUUUUUCUUUUUCCCUUACCAUUUUUAUAUUCUUUCUUUGUUUUGUGCAUUUAGUAUUUGACUAUUAUGUGUCUGAAGGAAGUUCAUUUCUGGUCCAAUCUAUUUGGAGUUCUGUAGGCGUCUUGUAUGUUCAUGGGCAUCUCUUUCUUUAGGUUAGUGAAGUUUUCUUCUAUAAGUUUGUUGAAGAUAUUUACUGGCCCUUUAGGUUGGGAGCCUUCACUCUCUUCUAUACCUGUUAUCCUUAGGUUUGAUCUUCUCAUUGUGUCCUGGAUUUCCUGGAUGUUUUGUGUAAGGAACUUUUUGUAUUUUGCAUUUUCUUUACCUGUUGUCUCAAUGUUUUCUAUGGUAUCUUCUACCCGUGAGAUUCUCUCUUCUAUCUCUUGUAUUCUGUUGGUGAUGCUUGCAUCUAUGUCUCCUGAUCUCUUUCCUAGGUUUUCUAUCUUAAUUGUUGUCUCUGAUUGUGAAUUCUUUAUUGUUUCUGUUUUCAUUUUUAGAUCCUGGGUGGUUUUGUUCAACUUCUUCACCUGUUUGACUGUGUUUUCCUGUAAUUCUUUAAGGGAUUUUUGUGUUUCCUCUUUAAGGGCUUCUACCUGUUUACUUGUGUUGUCCUGUAUUUCUUUUUUUUUUCUUUUUUUUUUUUUUUUUUUUGGUUCUUUUUUUCAGAGCUGGGGACCGAACCCAGGGCCUUGUGCUUCCUAGGCAAGCGCUCUACCACUGAGCUAAAUCCCCAACCCCUGUCCUGUAUUUCUUUAAGUGAGUUAUUUAUGUCCCUCUUAAAGUCCUCUAUCAUUAUUAUGAGAGGUGAUUUUAAGUUCGAAUCUUGCUUUUCUGGUAUGUUGUGAUAUCCAGGACUUUCUGUGGUGGGGGAACUAGGUUCUCAUGAUGACAAGUAGCCUUGGUUUGUGUUGCUUAGGUUCUUGCGCCUGCCUCUUGCCAUCGGGUCAUCUCUGGUGUUAGCUGGUCUUGCUGUCUCUAAUUGGAGCUUGUUCUUCUGUAGGCCUGUGAGCCUGUGAUCUUAGGUGUGUCAGCACUCCUGGGAGAUCAGCUCUCUCAAGACUGAAUUUGUGUAUAGAGGGCUGUGGGACAGCCUUGGCUCCUGAGCACAGACUGAGACUGGAAGGAUUCUGUCCUGGGCUACUCCACAGUUCCUGUGCCCUCUGUGCUCCUGGCAGGUCCCCCUCUAGACAGCUUUUGGAGCAAUAGUAGUAGUAUCACCAGUGGGCUUAGGAGUGACAGCACUCCUGGGAGACCAGCUCUCUCCAGGUGGAAUUUGGGUAUGGAGGACUGUGGGAUAUCCUUAGCUCCUGGGCACAUAUGGAGACCAGAAUCCAGAUAUAUUUCUUUAUUAAUGUAAUUAUUAAGAAUAUAUACAGUCCAAGCCUUAUUUAUAAUAUGUAGCUAUAAGCACACUUCUGUAGUCAAGCAUUUUCAUAGUAAAAAAAAAAUUAAUUACAAAUAGCAAAUUUUUUAUAUACCUUAGCUUCUAGAUAGAACUUUAUUUUUGAACUAAUUAUUACCAUAGUGGUUAUCAAUGCCUUUUGAUUAUUCUAAGAUAAUAAAUGGUAUGAAUCCUCUGUAUCUUGUAGAAAGCUCUUGUUAUAUGUAUACAGUCUUCCAAUGCCCAGUUCCUGCCAUUUGAUCUGAUAGAAUCCACUGAAACAAGCUCUCAAGCAAAAAUUGUCCUGUUUCAGUGUAAUAGGAGAGCAUCAGAGAUGUCCACUUUUGCCUCCAUAAGAUAGAUAUUGAAGGCUGUGUGGUUUAGAAAAUAUCUAUAGAAAUUAGACACUCAAGAGCCACAGAAAUAUACAAGAAAUCAAGAGCACAGAGUAUUUCCUUCCAUCAGUCCUCAGAACCCUGAAACGAUUCUAACUCGAUCAAGCACAGAGCACAGAGGAAGGCCCACCUUGGCAGAUGGCCACAGAGGAUGUCAACAAUUUCUUGGAGAGAGAAGCAGCACGCCCUCGCUGAGCACAGUGCACCUGGACACUUGCCACCAUUACACUGUCAGAGCGCACACUUGCUAUGCUUGUCCCCGCUUCUCUCCAGAAGAAGUUGGAAACCUAACCGCCUACAGAGGCCAGAAUGGUGGAAUGAAACAGGAAGCCACUGAAGUGAGCUGGAGAGCCAAGCCCUUUCUGGAGGAGCAGCCACUGCUCUGCUCCAGAUAACUGUGGCAAGGCAGGAAUGUUGACCCACUCUUACCACACUAAUGGUCCAGUUUCUCAGGCUACAUUGAUGGAAUUUUGAAGUCAUGAAAACAUCAGAUGAACCAGCCUGCAACACCUUGGAUUCACAUUGGAAAAUGAAGUGGAAGCUUAAAGAAUGUGGCCUUUAAAGGCAGGCAGUACUGGAGACAUUAACUGGCUGGUGGUGUCAAAGCAGACCAGAUCCUAGACAGUAGAGGUUAUCUUAGUCCAGUAUCAAGGUUCAGGACAAAAUGUACAACUAAAAACUUUUCAUCCCUUCCUCUUCUGCUUCAGACAGGUACCAGCAUAGGUGAAUUAUGAUUUUCCCUGGUUGAGAGUGUUUGGUUUUGCCUAUGUAGACCAUGCCUAGGAAUGAAAUACUUCUUUUAUUUAAUAUAGAUUAUAAUGGGAAACACUUUCACAAUGGCUGAUUUCAAGGACUUGGUUCCAAACUGAGCCGAACUUUCCCGAUGUACUUCGUAGUCCGGGAAAACUGUGCUAUGCUGGCCCAGUUUUGAAAGGCCACCAUGCUCGGUAAUAGAAGGAUAUCAUCUUAUUGCUGAUAUCUUUGGAGCACCCCAAGCAGACACAGAAAAUGAAUGGAGGCAAAGAGUGUGACGGAGGAGACAAGGAAGGCGGUCUUCCGGCUAUCCAGGUUCCCGUGGGUUGGCAGCGUCGUGUGGACCAUAAUGGCGUGCUUUACAUCAGCCCCAGUGGGUCUCUGUUAUCUUGCUUGGACCAGGUUAAGACAUACCUGCUUACUGAUGGAACAUGCAAGUGUGGCUUGGAGUGUCCUCUUAUUCUUCCCAAGGUGUUUAACUUUGAUCCUGGAGCUGCUGUGAAGCAGAGAACGGCAGAAGACGUUAAGGCAGAUGACGAUGUCACAAAGCUGUGCACACAUAAGAGAAAGAUCAUUGCAGUGGCCACCCUCCACCAAAGCAUGGAGGCCCCACACCCUUCUCUGGUGCUCACCAGUCCUGGAGGAGGAACAAAUGCAGCCCCAGCAGUACCUUCCCGGGCGGCAACUCCAAGAUCAGCGAGAAACAAGGCUCAUGAAGGAAUUACAAAUUCCAUAAUGCCAGAGUGUAAGAAUCCUUUCAAGCUAGUGGCUGGAUCAUCGAAUGCCAUGGGAAGGUUAUACAUGCAGGACCUGCCUGGAAGCCAGCAGCAGGAACUCCACACUGUCUACCCCCGCCAGAGAUUGGGCAGUAGUGAGCACGGACAGAAAUCUCCAUUUCGUGGCAGCCAUGGAGGCCUGCCCAGCCCAGCGUCAUCAGGGUCCCAGAUCUAUGGAGAUGGCUCAAUCUCUCCAAGGACUGACCCUCUUGGAAGCCCUGAUGUCUUCACAAGAAAUAACCCUGGUUUUCAUGGAGCUCCCAAUUCCAGUCCUAUUCACCUGAAUAGGACUCCUCUUUCUCCACCUUCAGUAAUGCUACAUGGUUCUCCCGUACAGUCAUCCUGUGCAAUGGCUGGAAGAACUAAUAUACCUCUUUCCCCAACCUUGACUACAAAGAGUCCAGUAAUGAAAAAACCAAUGUGUAAUUUUUCAGCUAAUAUGGAAAUACCACGAGCAAUGUUCCACCACAAAACACCCCAAGGCCCACCUCCCCCUCCUCCACCUUCUUGUGCUCUUCAGAAAAAGCCAUUAACAUCUGAGAAAGAUCCACUUGGCAUUCUUGACCCUAUUCCUAGUAAACCAGUGAAUCAGAACCCAAUUAUCAUUAAUCCAACCAGUUUCCAUUCAAACGUCCACUCUCAGGUACCUGUGAUGAAUGUAAGCAUGCCUCCUGCUGUUGUUCCUUUGCCAAGUAAUCUCCCUUUGCCAACUGUAAAACCUGGUCAUAUGAAUCACGGGAGUCAUGUACAAAGAAUUCAGCAUUCAACUUCAACCUCCCUGUCCCCUUCUCCAGUGACAUCCCCAGUGCACAUGAUGGGGACUGGAAUUGGAAGGAUUGAGGCAUCGCCCCAAAGAUCACGCUCAUCUUCCACAUCAUCAGAUCAUGGAAAUUUCAUGAUGCCACCUGUAGGACCCCAGGCCUCUUGUAGUGGCAUAAAGGUUCCACCUAGGUCACCAAGGUCAACAAUAGGUUCCCCAAGGCCAUCAAUGCCAUCAAGCCCUUCCACCAAGUCUGAUGGACAUCAUCAGUACAAGGAUAUCCCUAACCCAUUAAUUGCUGGAAUGAGUAAUGUACUCAAUACCCCAAGCAGUGCAGCCUUUCCUACUGCACCUGCCGGAAAUGGUUCUGUAAAGAGUCAGCCUGGUUUGCUGGGAAUGCCUUUAAAUCAGAUUUUGAACCAGCACAAUGCUGCCUCCUUUCCAGCAAGUAGUUUACUCUCAGCAGCAGCCAAAGCACAGCUAGCAAAUCAAAACAAACUUGCUGGUAACAACAGUAGCAGCAGUAACAGUUCUGGAGCUGUUGCCAGCAGCGGCAACACUGAAGGACACAGCACUUUAAACACCAUGUUCCCUCCGACUGCCAACAUGCUUCUCCCAACAGGUGAAGGUCAAAGUGGUCGAGCAGCACUAAGAGAUAAGUUGAUGUCUCAGCAAAAAGACUCAUUACGGAAAAGAAAGCAGCCACCUACCACAGUGUUGAGUUUGCUCAGACAGUCUCAAAUGGAUAGUUCUGCAGCUCCUAAACCUGCACCUGACUUGCUAAGGAAGCAUGGGCAGGGGUCAUUUCCCAUCAGUUCAAUGUCUCAGUUACUACAGUCUAUGAGUUGUCAAAGCUCUCACUUGAGUAGCAAUAGUACCCCGGGUUGUGGGGGAUCAAAUACUGCUUUGCCUUGCUCUGCUAACCAGCUGCAUUUUCCAGAUCCUAAUAUGAAUUCCACUGUUCUUCAGAAUUCACUGACACAGAGCAUACCUUUAAGAGGGGAAGCCGUGCACUGCCACAAUGCAAACACUAACUUUGUUCACAGUAACAGUCCAGUUCCCAACCACCAUCUUGCAGGUUUAAUAAAUCAGAUUCAGGCUAGCGGGAACUGUGGGAUGCUCAGUCAGUCGGGCAUGGCUUUAGGAAACUCAUUACAUCCCAAUCCACCUCAGUCAAGAAUUUCAACGUCCUCCACUCCAGUGAUACCAAACAGCAUUGUUAGCAGCUAUAAUCAAACAAGUUCUGAAGCAGGUGGUUCAAGCCUGCCGUCCUCCAUAGCUAUAGCUGGCAGCAGCCACCCUGCCAUCACAAAGACAACAUCUGUUCUCCAAGAUGGUGUCAUAGUCACCACCGCAGCCGGAAACCCACUGCAGAGUCAGCUGCCCAUUGGGAGUGACUUUCCUUUUGUUGGCCAAGAGCAUGCCCUUCAUUUUCCAUCCAACAGCACUUCAAACAACCAUCUUCCACACCCCUUGAACCCCAGCCUCCUCAGUUCUCUACCUAUCUCUUUGCCAGUGAAUCAACAGCAUCUCCUAAACCAGAAUCUAUUAAAUAUCCUCCAGCCUUCAGCAGGAGAAGGCAAGUCUGAGAUCAACCUCCACCCUUUAGGUUUUCUCAACCCGAAUGUAAACGCUGCUUUAGCUUUUCUCUCCGGUGACGUGGAUGGGCAGGUAUUACAGCCUGUUCACUUUCAGCUUUUAGCAGCCCUGCUUCAGAACCAAGCCCGAGCAGCUGCCAUGCUUCCCCUGCCGUCUUUCAAUCUGACCAUCUCAGAUCUUUUGCAACAGCAAAAUACCCCUUUACCCUUAUUAACACAGAUGACAGCCCCACCAGACCGUUUGCCAAGCAAUCAGUCAGACAACAGCCGAGCUGAUACCCUUUUAGGCAGCCCCCUGGGAAACCCCUUAACAGGCAGUGACACUACUUUUAACCCCCUGCUCCUCCCAGCUGUCACUGGGGCCUCAGGAUUAAUGGCCUUGAAUCCCCAGCUGUUGGGAGGUGUCCUGAACUCGGCAUCGGCCAACACCGCUAUUCAUCCAGAGGUUUCCAUAGCAACCUCCUCCCAGGCAACCACUACCACAACCACUACAUCAUCAGCAGUGGCAGCACUGACUGUCUCAACACUUGGUGGGACAGCAGUGGUGUCAAUGGCAGAAACAUUGCUGAAUAUAUCUAAUAAUGCUGGGAAUCCACCUGGUCCAGCUAAACUCAACAGUAACUCUGUGGUGCCACAGCUACUUAACCCUCUACUGGGGACAGGUCUGCUUGGCGAUAUGUCAUCCAUAAACAGUUCUCUGAAUAACCAUCAACUGACUCACCUACAGUCACUGCUAAACAGCAGUCAGAUGUUUCCUCCGAGUCAGCAGCAGCCGCCGCCGCAGCCGCACCUUCUCCAGGGACAGCAGAAUCUCCAGGCCUUCCAAGGACAACCCACAGUCCUUUGCCCAGCUAACAAUAACCCCAUGGCAUGUCUGUUUCAGAACUUCCAGGUGAGGAUGCAAGGAGAUGCAGCUCUUCUAAAUAAGAGAAUAAACAGUCAGCCGGGGCUCACAGCACUUCCUGAGAACCCAAACCUUGCACUUCCACAUUUCCAAGAUACACCUUGUGAGCUGCAGCCAAGGAUUGACCCGUCUCUUGGUCAGCCCAUGAAGGACGGCCUCGUUAUGGGUGGCCAAGGCGAUGCCUCCGUAGACGCCAUUUACAAAGCAGUUGUGGAUGCAGCCAGCAAAGGAAUGCAGGUUGUCAUCACCACUGCUGUGAACAGCACCACUCAAAUCAGCCCUAUCCCAGCCCUGAGCGCCAUGAGUGCCUUCACUGCCUCCAUUGGUGACCCACUAAAUCUGUCCAGUGCUGUGAGCGCCGUCAUCCAUGGGCGGAACAUGGGAGGAGCGGAUCACGACAGCAGGCUGAGGAAUGCGAGAGGGGCGCGGCUACCCAAGAACAUAGACCAUGGGAAAAACUCUGGUGAAGGAGACGGGUUUGAGUGUUACAAGUCAGCGAGCUGCCACACAUCCAGAAAACAAUGGGAUGGAGAGCAAAGUCCCAGAGGGGAGCGUAACAGGUGGAAAUAUGAGGAGUUUUUAGAUCAUCCAGGCCAUAUCCACAAUAGUCCUUGUCAUGAAAGGCCCAACAAUGUCUCCACACUGCCAUUUCUAGCUGGGGAACAGCACCCAAUACUGUUACCACCAAGAAACUGUCAAGGUGAUAAAAUUCUGGAGGAAAAUUUCAGGUAUAAUAACUACAAAAGAACUAUGAUGAGUUUUAAAGAGAGACUAGAGAGUACUGUGGAGAGAUGUACACACAUUAAUGGAAACAGACCUCGUCAGAGUCGGGGCUUUGGAGAGCUGCUAGGCACUGCAAAACAAGACCUAGUCCUAGAGGGGCAGUCUCCAGGCUCUUCGAAUAGUUUGGAAAGUUCUCUGGUCAAAGACUACAUCCAUUACAAUGGAGACUUUAAUGCCAAAAGCAUUAAUGGGUGUGUGCCUAGUCCCUCCGAUGCUAAAAGCAUUAGUAGUGAAGACGACCUAAGGAAUCCAGACUCCCCCUCUUCUCAUGAGUUGAUACACUAUAGACCAAGGACGUUCAACGUUGGCGACUUGGUCUGGGGCCAAAUCAAAGGACUGACUUCCUGGCCUGGAAAAUUCAUAAGAGAAGACGACGUUCACAAUUCAUGCCAACAAAGCCCCGAGGAAGGGAAGGUGGAGCCCGAGAAGUUGAAGACACUCACAGAAGGUUUAGAAGCCUACAGCCGAGUCCGGAAAAGGAGCAGAAAAAGUGGGAAGCUAAAUAACCAUUUAGAAGCUGCUAUUCACGAGGCCAUGAGCGAACUGGACAAAAUGUCUGGGACUGUUCACCAAAUCCCGCAGGGUGACAGACAAAUGAGGCCCCCCAAACCCAAGAGGAGGAAGAUCUCCAGAUAACAGAGAGUGUUCCACUGACACAGUGUUCAUCAAAGGAGCAUGCACAGACACACCUUAUGUAGGUAUUGAUACGGCCACUGUUAGAUCAAUCUGUAAACCAUGGCAGAUAGCUACCACCACCACAGGGCCCUAAAGGGAACAGCAGUGGAGACGUACGUUGGUCAGGAAGGAAAAUGAAUGUCGAAAACAAAACAGAACAAUCACAAUCCCUGUAUGAACGAAGCAGUAAAUGGCCGAGGGACCGCUGAGAAAUGUUUUCUAUUGUACUAAAGUUGUGAUUAUAAGAAUAGUCCAAAUGUUUCUGAAGAAUUUUCAGUGUUGUAUAUAGAAAAUACAGAAUUUCAUGGUGAUAUUAGAAAUGUAAAUAUUGUACAAUAUUGUCAUGUACAAGCAUACUUAAUGCACACUUUAUCUUUUAUUGUACAAAGAAAUAGUGUACAAAAAUCUUUGGUUUCUAUGGAGUACACCUACCAGAGACUACCAGUGUAAAGUGAUAAAUAAAAAUACAACCUAAAUGCUUUUCUAUGAUAAUAUAAAA